AUGUCACCUCUCCCCCCCUGUGUCACCCCACCCCCCCCAACCCCCCCAGUUAACAAACGUCUGGACGAAUGGGUGACCCCCGAACGCCUGGACCUGCAGCGGGUGCAGGGACCUCGCAAAGAAGCCAAGACCCCCACCAAGAACGGCCUGCCUGGAUCCCGGCCCGACUCACCAGAACGUGACCCGAAGCGUAAAGUGGAGGUGGUCUCACCUGCCACCCCCGUCCCCGCGGCCACCGAGACCUCGCAAGCCUCCGUCUUCCCCCAGGUGAGCCCCCCCCCGACCCCCCCAGUACCACCAGUAACCCCAGAGUCGCACCAGUAACCCCCCAGUACCACCAGUAACCCCAAUAUUUCUAUUCCUUGGUUCUCCCAGUGACCAAACUGGUCCGUUGGGGGGAGGUUUUUGGGGAUCCCUGGGUGUGUGGGAAUAUUGGGGUUGGGGUCUCAGUGCUGUGUGGGGGGGGGUCCCAG